ACAUAAAUACCAGCUAUCAUGCAUUAUUUAAAAUGAGUAAACUUUGUAUUUAUGAAAGUUUCCUGUGACAACAACCCAUGCCUGAAUGAAGGAACAUGUGAAGUUAAAGACGGCUUCAUUGAGUGUACAUGUAAACCUGGUUGGGGUGGAGACAGAUGUAAACUGGAGCCACUAUGCGAUGCUGAUACAGAUUGCCUCAAUGGUGGAACCUGUGACAAAAGCAGUGACCAGUAUGUUUGUGACUGCGCCCCAGGUUAUGGGGGCGACACAUGCAAUAAAGCAUCUGGUGCUGCUAAGCUAUCGGUACACAUAUGGAAGCUUGCUGUUAUUGCUGUCCUCACAAAGCUGAGCCUCAACUGAAGACCACAAGACCUUACUUUAUGCUAGACGUGUUUAUUUUGUCUGGAGUGAACAUUAGGCACAUGUUGCGUUAAUAAUUGGUUGAUUAAUUGUCGUUAAGAGAUUGAAAGUGGUUACAGCAGUAUCAAUCAGUGUGUUAUUUGGUAGUCUUAGUGGACAUGAAAUACUUGGUGGGUUUUCUGAUGACAUUAACGAAUUAUCCCAAUAACCAAUUUGAAAUGUUCUUCAACAUAAUUAUCUAAACACAUAUCUCGGGCCUGCCCAUCAGUGAUUCUGGUCCUCGUCUGUUUCAUGACAAUGUAUUUACCUCACUGCAGAUAAGAAGACAAAAUUUUCCCCUGUCUGCCUUUAGGCCAUUGAUGACAUGUUACUGAUGACGUGGACCUGUCCCCCAGUGACCACUGACACAGAGUAAAUGUCAUCUACUUCUUAUCUACAGUGACAGUGAGUGGCACCUACCAGCCAGAAGUGUGUUAUCUUAUGUAUAGUCGGUUGAAUAGUACAUGUAUGUCGAUCAUUUAUAAUAAAAUAAGGAAGCAUGCA